AUGCUUUCUGCCUUGGAUGCUGAGAUGCGAGGGGAUCGAAAAGAGAUGGAGAAGCUGGCUCGGCAGGGGCAGAUUAUUUCGCAGAUCCAUCAGCUGGCAGAGCCCAUGCGACGGCCCCCACGCGACCUGGUGCCCCGAUUCUUCGAGAAGUUCCAGGGGGACGCUUCUCGACUCGCUUUCCAGGAGGGCGUAGAGCAUUUCAAAAAGCAUCUCAUUCAGAGAGCAAUCGUCAAAAAGCAAGAGGAGGAGGCAGAAGCUGCAAACAAGCCAGAAGCGGAGAUGGAGGAGGAGAUGCAGCCAGUGUCCCUGGUGGAAGCCAUGUACAGCAUGUCCAAAGAGGAGAGGAUGGGGCCAGGUGGUCUUGACCCUGUGGAGGUCUUCGAAUCGUUGCCAGCUGAAUUGCAGGAAUGCUUCAAGUCUGGCGAUGUUGAGAUGCUGAAGCAGGUCGCGCAGCAGAUGGAACCCAAAGAAUUCGAGCAUCAUUUCCAGCGGUGUAUUGAUGCAGGUCUGUGGAGCAAAGCCUGA